UUAAUGCAAAUGUACGUAUUAUUUUAUACCUUUUUGGAGAAUUUACUGCAUCAAUAGCGAGGUGUUUAUUCAAAACAAAUAACAGUGUAAGGCAAGGAGAAGUUUUCACUCUUUGAUCAUUCAAUAUAAAUGCUAGAAGUGGAAAAGGUUAUGAGAAAUGGAAAACAUACGAUUAGCAUUAUUACUUGUAAGCAUGUUCAGCGCAUGUGCACAAGCACAGCAGGGGAAAUGUCCAGUGGGCUGUUACUGUAAGCACAGAUUUGUAGACUGUCAAUCGUUGAUGGAUUUUCCGCUUGACCUUGCCCUUGAUACAGAGCGUAUCCGACUAUCCCAUAUGAACAUUGGUGAAAUCCCAAAGCACGCAUUCAGCUACUUACCGAAUGUUACUUUGAUUGAAAUUGAGCAGUCAAAUGUAGGAAUUAUUGCUGGGUGUGCCUUUAAGAAUAUUUAUUCUUUGCAAGAAAUAUUGUUUGAUAAAACAGUCAUCGGCAAUGUAGAAAGCUUUGCCUUUAACGGUCUGUCAAAGAUGAAACGAAUUGAAUUUCUGAAAAGUCGGAUCGGAAGGCUGAAAUCGUUUGCAUUUUAUCAGUUGUCAGAAAUUGCUAACAUUAAUUUGCUCGAAACAAACUUUCUGUACUUCUACUCGAAUGCAUUGUAUGGAAUAAACAACGUUAGCACGAUGGUUCUAACCAGCAAUAACGUCAGUGAUAUUGUAACUGACGCUUUCAGAGACGUCAAGGUAGACAAUUUGCUAGCAACAUCCAACACGUUUUGGAACAUGCACUGUGGUGUUUUAGAUGUAAUGUUUCAAUCUGCAAACACAUUUUCGUUCUCGAGUAACACAUUCUACUGUAACUGCUCCAUUUCUUGGAUGCUAAGCACAUCAGGAAGACAGAAGUAUGCAGAAAUACUCCCUGACAGCAGAUGUCACGGACCGGGAAAAAUGAACGAAACAACAAAUCUAGCAAAUGUUAAGUUUAGUGAUCUUAACUGCAAGAAUAAAAAGGAGGACGAUACGCCUACCUGCAACGAGAUUAAAAUAAAGAUAUUAAAUCCAACAUGUAAUCCCAGUGGUAGACCUGGCGGGCAAGGAAACGGAGGUACAGGAGAAGACGGGAAGGGCGACAAUGGGGCGUCAUCGCUCGUAUUUACAUUUCAAAUCUUUGUUGUUUCCUUUAUAACUGUUUUCUUGACUAUCUUAUAGAAUCAAUUUUAUUUUAGCUGUUUUUUUAUACAACACACUUCAGGUCUACAUUAGCCAAGUUUGAGAGCAUAAUGAUAACUUGUUAGUUUACGGGACCAAGAUAAUUUAAUCGGAGUCGAUUAGACAACUGCUGAAGUAAUAUUGGAAGUACUUAAUUCACGUAUUAAUGCAAGUGGUAUGAAAUCAAUUUGCUCUGUGUUAAAUAAAAAUAACAGCUGCUAUAUAUGUGUAAAUCAGUUGAAAACAUCGCAAAUUAGUCCUACAAAGAUUUCAAUAACUAUUUGUUUUUGGCUUCUUCUUACAGUAACAUUUUCUUAUUUCAUUCUGGAACUCGAUCAAUAUUUUAAGGAAUGCAAAAGAUUUAUACAAAAUUUAUCUUCACAAUAAAUAACGAUUCCAUUU